AUGGAUGAAUUUGAAUUCUUGAUUGACCUAGACCUGCCGUCCUACUUGAGCAAACGAUGCCAGCUACACUGCAAAACCGGCCUCUGCAAGCGUGCUCAGUUAUCCUCUGAAGACUCAGAGCCCGAAUCUCUUCACAGCAACGCACUCGACGACCCGCCACCCAAGAAACGCACGCGUUCUUCCAAUUUCAAAUAUAAGUCAAGCUUACCUUCCAAGCCCAAGCCCAGGAAAUGCAAAGCCAAGGAGGAUGAUGCCAAGGAUGAAGAGGAUGUAGAUGGGAGUGAUUUAGACCUGAAGGAAGGGCAGCAAGUCGUGGGUCGCAUCGUGCAAGCUCCAAAGACAGGCUGGGUGCCUCCUGGCCAAGUUUCACAGAACACGCUUGAUUUUCUCAUGCAACUCAAGGACCCUGCGUGUAACGACCGCGAAUGGUUCAAGCUACACGAACCUGUGUAUCGUCGCAUAGAAAAGGAGUUCAAGGGCUUCAAGAUCAAGGAUUUUACCAAUAUGCUCAGAGUCAAACCGGGUGAUGAGAGCGUCAUUGCUGCAGCUGUUUCUUGCCGGUUCAUGGAUGCCCAAGUCAUUGCGCCUGGAGCCGAGUUUAUGGAUGCACUACGUGGUGUUGCUGAUGUGAUGAUGCCAUUUGUCCAUUGUUUGAAUGAUAUGAUGACGCUUCCUGCGGAUGACGGUUCAGAUGGAGAGAACGAGGAAGAUGAUACUGGGGGUCCGGAGGAAGAUGAGAGUGAUGAUGUAGUUGAAUGA